AUGAGAAGUAUAAAGGAAAUAAGAGAUGAUAUAGAAAAGGCAAUAAGAUAAAUUGAAAAAAAAAUAAGGUUGAACAAAAAAAUAGCAAUCAAAAACUAUGUUAAAAAAUAUAAAAGACUAUUAGAUGAAUUUAGAGAAAUCGAGAGAGUAAGUGACUCCAAUUUUAAGUGGAAUGAUUGAAAUAAUAUAUAUUCCUAUAAUAUACUAUCAUUAUUA